CGAGGUCCCCUUCAGGAAUUUCCCGACAUCUAUCCGAUUUAAAAACAAAAACAAAGCUUCGUUAAAAAUUAAAAUUGUGGCAAAUUGCGGGCAUGUGGUUCUGACAGAUAUAUAAAAUAAUGUAAAAUUAAAGAAAAAUGCUUUCUUAGUGUUAGGAGAGGUUGCAAGCUAGGAUGUAUACAUAAAAAUAAAUGUGGUAAAAGACUAGUGUGAAAACAUUAGGACAAAAACAUGAGUGAGCUACAAAUGCGUAUUGUUAGUUCACUAGGUGUACUUCAUGAGUGUUUAUGUUUGGUAUUAAAGACCUUAUCAGUUAGACAAGGACAUUGGGUGGAGACCCAAUGUCCUUGUCUAACGAUGGUGACACUGCUUUAUCACAAGUACUUAAAACGGUACCCUUAGAAUUUUUAAAAACCAUUGAUUCACUGACUUAUCCAGGAAACAAGGAAAAGAUCUACGAUGGUGGUGCAGUAUGGCCAAAAAUAACUAUCAAUGCUUUAGACACAACCUUAAUUUUUAACAUUUUAAUUUCAAUUAAAGGUUAUCCAACUUGUUACAAAAGCAGUUCUACAAAAAAGAAAAAGAAAGGUAAAUCCUGUAAACAAACAGACAAUGGGCACACUGGAAGGUGUUGUGUGACUUGCACACACACAUGCCUUAAAUGUAAGAAAGGCACAGAAUGUUGCAAAUGUUGCAAAAUGAUUGGUGCGAAAUGUAAUCAUAACUGCCAUAAUGUGGAAUGUAGCAUGCUGAAAUAUGACUGUUAUAAAUGGUCAAAGAUAUGUUGCAAUAAAUGCAUGACUUGCGGGCAUUGUAAUGCUAUAAAGCCGGUGAAUGAGCAAUGUGCCAUUUACAAGUUAAAGGUUGCUAUUGCUAAUAUUCAUAAUAUUCGAAAUUUAUUCUCACAUGGAUUGGAGUUUGAUGUGGAGCCCUUAAAAGAGGGAACCUUUUUUCACCCAAACUUUCCAAACUGCAGUAAAUGGGAAUCAUUUUGUGCAUUAAUGGAUAAAUCCUUGGAAUAUUGUCUUCAAUUUCUCAGUGAUACCGGACAUACCAAACACAUGCGUUUAAAGCAAGAAGUAGUUGAUCGUAUGAAAAACGAUCUUCAUGUUGCUGAACAUAAAUCAAUAAAAGAGAUUGAAGGACACUUCAACGUUUCUUGUGAUGAAAUCUGGAAGUACAUGCACCAAAUUGUUAAGAUAAACGAGAUGCAAUAUAAAAAAACUAAAAAGUUUGUUAAAAGGGCGCUCAAAAGAAAUUCAGUGGAAACAAACAAACAACUUAAUUUGAUUUUAAAACAUUUGGAAACUCCUACAAAGAAAAACAAAACAAUGAAAGAACUGAAUUAUAUCGACUACGACAAAAGAUUUUAUUUGGUUAGAAAGACAGCAAGUGGAUGUGUUUUGUCAUGUGUUAUUGAUACACCAAUCCAAAUAGACAAAAUUCUGAUUUCACGUGAAUGGGAUGAUUGGAUGAGUACCACUCAAUCUUCAUAUGGUAUUCAAGGUAACAAACUCUACUUGGAUAUUCAGAAUCUUGAGAUUGGAUAUAAAUAUAGUUUUCGAGUAUCUCUAAAAGAAGCUGGAGAAUUUGAAGAAGAAAUCAGUGUGAUUGGUUUUGAUGAUUUGGAAGUUGUAGAUGGUGACAAAUGUAACCACGUAUCAAGUGUUGAUGGCAUUAUUGUUUGUGCACAUAACAGAGGUGAUGUAGACGACGCUCACGUUUUUGUUGGAGAAGUAGAAAACUUAAAAAGAGCUGACAAAAUAAUGUGUUCUUUUACACCUGGAGCAAAUAUCAACAGAAUAACUUUGAGUGAGUUUCAAGAACUAGGAGACAAGUAUCUUUACCGAAAUUCGUGCAAGGAACUAAAACCGUACAUUGAGGAUGUCCUACGUUUCCCUGCUUCAUAUUUAGUUGAGAAGAAUGACGAAAUAUUACAAGUCACUAACAUGCUUGAGAAGCGCCUAGAGAAAUAUAAAUCCCAUUUCCGCGCAAUUAUAUCUCAAUAUAAUGAUGAAUAUCACUUAAAGUAUGCUGGGUACACACGUAAACAAUUGGACGAACAGGGUAUUUAUUCAAGAAAUCAUAAAAAUAGGAUUGUUUUACUUACUUCAACCUUGCCAGCUGUAGUUAAUAUUCGCAUAGCUUCUGGUGAUUUAAACGAAAUUCAGAAAGCAUUCAGCGCUACGAACAUAGACUUAAAGUCAUUGCUACUGACUUAUAAGUACCUUUUAAAAGGGAAACACAUCCCCUUGUUUGGAGUUGUGGCUUGUCCAUCUUUAACAAGACAUCAAAUUGACGAGUUUCAAUUCCUGUGUGAUACAUGCAAGCCAUUUGUGCUUACAAAGGAUGAUUUACGCGACGUUGAUGCAUUUAAGCAAUGGUGGUUGGUUACUCUGCAAGAAACUGUUGAUUCGUCUUUGAAGCAGUAUGAUGCACCAAUGACAGAUAAUCUGAAUACGCUGUUCUUCCAGAUUACAAGCCAAACAGUUGCAGUCAUGGCAACUAUUCGUACUGACCUCCCUACAUUAUCAGCUAACGUGAAUGACCAAGUUACAUCAAUAAUGCUGAACAAGCACCAACUGGAAGCAAUUUAUGGUCCGGAAAUGAAGAAAAUCGUAAAAGGUUCUUACGGUAGUGGAAAGAGCGUGGUGGCUAAACAAAUUGUGAAAUCUAUUUUCUCUAAUUCAACUGUAAAGACGUGUUUGUAUUAUAUAUGUGGUGAUCCGUUUACACUGCUUGAUUAUGAAAUGAGGAGGUUUGCUGAUGAGCUUCACAGGGUUUACAGUAAUAGCCCUGUUGAAAUUAUAUGCAAGAAUAUCACUGAAAUGGCAGGAGAAUAUGACCUGGAAGACUUCACACCUUAUGGUCUUUUGCAUCAGCUGGGUGAGAAACAUAAAGAAACGUCUGGUUGCCGUGUCCACGUUGUGAUUGAUGAGUAUGAUGGGGAGUAUUUCCGCCAAGGCGAAUCCAGCAGACUUCGUACUUUAUUUCAGUUUAAUGAUGCCUUUAAAAAUUCAUACGUUGUCAUUAUGACUCGUGGUCUAGAAAAGGAGAGAACGCUACAUGUUGGAGAAAAGAUGCAUCCGCAUUUUAGUAACUGCUUUCAAGGUACUGGUAUGGAAAUUAUCAACUUGCCGUCAACCAUGCGUUUUUCCAACGAUGUACAUCAGCUGCUUGCAUCUGCGCAGCAUACCAUCUUUAAAACAAGGAGUUGCCUUCACUCAGUCAUUGAUACAAGCAAAGAUAAUAUUGACGCGAGCAUUAAGUCUGUGGACAGUGUUGAAACACUCCAUGCAAGAAGAAAUAAAGAGUCAAGCUAUCUAUUCGCCCAUAACAGUUUAAAUGGCGAAGAAAUUAAUCUUUAUUCGGAGAACCUCUGUGAAAAUCAGAAUAUUCCCCCAAUGAGAAAUUUUGUUACCAAUACGUUUACUACUGCUGCCAUUAAUUCCAAUGCUACAACACCUGAACCCUAUCCUUCCUCAAUCAAAACCAAUUCACGAAUCAAGUUGGAUUUCGAUCAAGUGUCACACCUGGUUGGCCUUGAUGAAUCACACAGCAACGCUAUGACAACAACCGUCUUUAACUAUAUUCGUGGAGAUUGUGGCCACUCACUAACUGGACAGAAACCAACUAUGUAUUAUUUUCCCAUGGAAUUCCAUGACAGAGGUAUAAUUGCUCUUAGCAUGCUCUCCCAAGUUCUCCACCAUGAAUGUCUUAAUACAUCCGGAAAAGUGGUGAUCAUUUGUAACGACAUAAGAGAUAAUGAACUAGUAGUCAACGCAUUCCGUGUGUUGAUCACACGAUCAGAUUUUACCUACGUGAAUUAUGUUCCUGGCCUGACAGGUCAAGUACCGACCAGAAAAGAGAAGGAUGCAAUCGUCGAAAAAUUCCACGGAUAUAAGAAAUGUGUUCUUAUUACAGAUAAUCAAGGUUUUCGGGGUUUAGAGUGUGAGACUGUAGUAAUGACAAUCAAUCCGAACGAAUACUACAAACGUCAUUUCUUGGCUGAAAGUGUUGCAAGAUCUACAUCGAGAUUAUUCAUGCUGGUAACAUCACAAAAAGAAUCUAGAAAUAAACAAGGUACAUUUCAGAGUGUGAUUGAUGCUUGGAUUCGGGAUGAUUUGGUUCGAGUUAGAAGAGUCAAGACAGGACUCUACUCGAACAUUUGUAAGCGAAGUGAAGAAGAAUGUAUAGUUGAUCUGGAUCUGAUUGACAAAGAGAGUAUACAAACGCAGUCGAUUCAUAGCAACGCUGUAGCCUUUGCUUUGGAAGAUGCCAGACGCGUGCAUGAACGUUUUAAUGCUGUUGCUAUAAGUAUUGGGUCUCAACUUGAUGACGCAGCUAAGGAACUUCCGCAAGACGUGAUUGAUUCGAUCGAAGCAGAAAACAAGGAAGAUAUAUUUGUAGCACUGUUGAACGAAAAUCCUGAUAUAAUAAAAAUGUGUGACAGAAAGAACAAACGCAAUCCUCUUCUUUGGUCCGCUUAUCAUAAUCGUCCAAAGAUCAUGAAAUCUUUGCUGCAACAAGGUUGCGAUGUAGGCGUUGCUGAUAACUUACCUUUAACGUCAUAUCACUGGUGUGCACGUAACGGCUACAGCGAAUGCCUACACAUGCUUUUAGAGCGUGAUUGUUCCUACAUUGAUAAACUAGACGGAGUAAGUCAGACGGCUUUAAUACUUGCCGCGAAGCAUGGCCAAAUUGAUUGCGUGAAAUUGCUACUUCGGUAUGGUGCAAAUGCUCAAAUAAGGAAUGUUUCUUCGCAAACAGCGUAUGAUGUUGCUGGCACGAGAACGUUAACGCAAAAUAAAAAAGCUGUCGAGGACUUACUUUCAUCAGUAUAACGUCACUGUCAAAUGAUUCAGACUGAACAGUAAAUGCAAGUGUUUAAGUUUGCCAAUGGUUAGAAUGAAAAACUAAAAAAAAAAAAUCGUUGAGUAAUUUGGUAGCUACUCUAAGAAAAGUACACGCUUUUUAUAAGAACCAGUAAAAUCUGACCUGCGCCUGGAUGUUCUUAUUCUCUUCCUAUUUUGUUUUUAAUAAAAAGAACGCGACAUGACAAUUCAGCCUUAUGUUCUUCUUAUUUAUGGAUUUUUUUCCUCAAAUUUUGUUUUAUAUGAAAAGAUUGGUGUUUCUUGUUGCAAAUGGAGCUCUGCAAUUGUCUUCAUCAACAAUCGAGUCAAAAAAAUGACUGAUUGAGAGUAGAAUAGAAUUUACAUCUAAUAAUUUUGUUUAUUUUUUAACCAAAAUUCAGACUUAGUUAACAAUAAUUUGCACCUAAACAGACUGUUCUUAUGUUGUUCUUAUUUUUCGACAAAAUCCGAGGCUCGUGUUCUUAUAAAAUUGUUCUUAUAAAAAGGCGUGACAUAAAAAAUUCGACUUUAUAUAUUUAUUUUUGUGUGUAUGUAAUAACUUAUAUGUUGUGCGUUCAGUGCACAUAUUUAUAGUCGGCUGUUUUGCAAUAUUUUGAUUGUAUUAUGCUAUAUUUUGAUUGGGUCAACUUUUAUUUUUGCAGUAAAUAAUAUUGGAUAAAAAAUCAAAAAAUUUAUCUAUAUUCCAUUUUUUCAGAAACUCAGGGGAAAUUUUUUUCAAGACUCAGGGAAAAAAGGUUUCUUUUUAUUAUACUUGGGAAAAAAGUGCCCUCCAUCGUUUGGCAUCAAGCCAUUGUAAAACAUAUUGUUAUUUUUAUUUACACAUUUGUGUUUUCUUAACUUUGUAUAUAAAAAAUAUGUAUUAUGUAUAUUCACUUAUUAUUUAAAUUUUUUUGUAUGUAUAUAUUCGUAUUUAAAACAGCGCUUGUUUUCAUUCACCUGAUUUCACAUGGACAAUAAAGUUGUUUUCACCAAAAAUUAUUUAUCUCAAAGCAAAAUAAAAACUUUUUUUUUUCCCUCUAUGUUCGCCCUGAAUAUCUUUCAUAAUGUUGCGUUCCUUUUCCGAUCCUUGUGACUUUUCUAAGAAAAUUUUUCGCGUUGGAACUAAAAUCAAACUAAAAGAAAAUGUUGUACUACCGCGUCCUUGAUAAUAUUUUUUGUCCGUGUGAACCUAGCUUAACACAUGGACUAUGCUGUAUUUAACACUUACACAUCAGAUUGUUAUUUUUGUCUCAGGAAAAACCUUUAAUCCUUAGGAAGAGUUUCUAUCAAUAAGCAAAUUCAGAUUGUGCUACUUUUUUGUAUCGUUAUGUAAUCUCUUACGGUGCAUUGUCAAGUUUUUAAUUGGCAGGAAUGUUAGAAAAAUCGAGGUCAACUUUUGAGCGGCCUCUCUUAUUUUCUAGACUGUGAAGAUGGUGUAGUGGUCGCGCCUUUGACUUUCAAUCAUAAGUUGCAAGUUCGAGUCCCCACUUAGCGCGCUUUAAUUGCAGUGUUGUCGGCCGAUUUGGACCAUCUACUGAACGCGACCAGUUUGUGUAGCAGGCAAGCAAAUUAGAUUAAUACUAUAUGAAUCUUUAGCGGGUAACGUAAUAGUUGCAGUCAAAGUGACGGAAAGCCAAACGUUACAACAGUAUCCCCAAGGAGUAAACAUCCGUUGUAGAUCUCAAAGAGCUCUGGGGACCAGAACGGUAAGUUAGUAGUAUUAGAAUUAUUUCUUGAGUUUAAAAGCCAUGAAUAGCGUUAGAAAUCUGAUAAAAUUAUCCCGGAAAAGACGGGUAUUUUUUGUUGCAAAUUAUGUAAAUACCCUGAAAUAGUUAAAUCAAAAAAAUAUUGUAAAUAUAGGGAAAAACUAUAUGACGCAGGAAAAUUUAAAGGACUUUUGUUACGAAUUCGAAAAAAAU